GCAUGCUUAAAGAUGCAAUACUAUUAUAUCAAAAGAUAAAGAGGGCGGAAUUCUAAUGAAAACGUAAAUGACUGUAAUUAAAUGAUAGUAGAACAGAAAUAAUAAAGGUAAAAGAAAACAGAGUAUAACUUGAACGAAAGUGAGAUAAAAUUGAAGUUGACAACAAGCUCAAAGUAAAUAUUUUGCAAAAGUACGUGAAAGACUGCGCUUGACACUCAUUUUUUGGGCGUUGACGAAAGAAUCGACAAUCACAUGAAUAGCCUUGUCUAUAUGAGCAGGUCGAACGAAUUCACUAAGCUCCAUCUUGGCGAAAGCUUCACUUAGACGAAUGGCAGAUUCAAGAUGACGAACGGUGAUAGGAUAGCUUCCCGUAGCUAGUGAUUGACGUCUCAUAUCACUGUAAAGCCUUGAAAUUUUUUCUUCAUCCAUUUGAAGCAAACGAGGUGUCACCCGUUCUCUUGCAUAAUGUAUAUACUUACGUAACAAAUCUUGAGGAAUAGCUUUUGCUUCAAUACCCGUCUCAGUAGGUGCCUUUGUCAAAAUAUCAAAGUCUGGAUCAAAAGAUGGAUGAGAUCGAAUAUGGCUUGAGACAACAAAACUGGCAAGCUGUUCGUCUAUUUCUGGAUUCACGGUAUCUUUAACAACUUGUAAUAUAUCGAAACGAGACAAGAUGGGUUCCGUUAAUUCAACAUUUUGGCUUAAGGGAAUCGUUGUAUUAUAUCGUCCACCGAUUGGAUUGGCAGCUGCAAUAAUCGUACACCUUGCCUGCAAGGUUGUCACGAUACCUGCCUUGGAGAUUGAAAUACUUUGUUGCUCCAUAGCUUCAUGAAUAGAAGUACGAUCUUGAUCAUUCAUUUUAUCGAAUUCAUCGAUUAAACAAACACCUUUGUCGGCUAAAACCAACGCACCACCUUCUAAAGUCCAUUCAUUUGUAAUAGGAUCCUUUCGGACAGAUGCUGUUAAACCAACAGCGCUAGCACCUUGACCAGUAGCAAAAACGGCUCUGUGGGCAGUCUUCUCAACAUACUUAAGAAAUUGUGAUUUAGCUGUACCAGGAUCUCCCAAGAGCAAGACGUUGAUAUCACCACGAAUUUUAUGUUUUCCGCUGAUAUUCUUGGGGACACCACCAAAUAAAGCUGCAGCAAUGGCAACCUUUAUAGAUCGAUGACCAUAAAUGGAAGGUGACACGGAGGCGAUGAUUCUUUCGUGGAUAUCCGGAAUCUUUGCAAGCGCGCGUAUUUCUCGUUCUUCGUCAUCUGUAAGUCGGUUAAGAGAAAAGUCGUCAUCAGCACUACCACUAUUAUCAACAUGAGCAAUAUGAUUAGCUUCAAUGAUUGUAGCAAAAACCGGGAACCCAUUUUUCGUAUUAAGACUAGCAUCAAAAUUAUUGCGAUAAAUCCCAGUUACUUCUAUCUCUUCACCGGGUUUGGCAUUGUCUACCAAAUCAGCCAAGAGAAUCACUUCACGAUGACGAGGCAAACGUCCUGAAGGAACGGUUCCUGGAGACUCUUGAAGGGUGAGUCGCUGAUAAUUGUUAUAGACUGUCCGUUCGGAAUUAAUAACAAAAGGACCACGACUAGAACAAUUAUGACAAAAAGAAAUUUUAACUUCCACACUAGAAUCCUGAAAGAAAGGACCUAAAGUAGCACCACACUUCGUGCAAGUAAACCGAAUGUGUUUUAACUGAGGGAAAAGGCCUGUUCUUCGAGUUACUACACCAGACACACGUACCAAACAGUUCAAAUGCGUUUGACGAAGUUCUCUUAAUGUGAAAGAGGUAGGAAGAUUAGUUAUACGAACAUGUAUGUCUGAAUGAAUUCGUUCAUAAUCAGGAUAGUGCAAAAGGGUAGCUUCUAAUGCGACUCGAUCGAAUAUCCUUAAAACAGGAGCAGGAGCAUUAGCUAAAAAAUAAGCAAGGAUAGGUUUUGAUUCUCCCAGAUGAGCAUAAUUAACCAGCAAAGAUUCAGCGUUUACCUCACCUAAUGUUCGAAUUCUGUUACCAUAGACAGACGUUCCUUUUUCAUCAGUGUAUUCUAAAAGAAAGUUUUUAAAUUCACGGGCAAUAGUUCUACGAACUGGAUCCAAAGUCACCCAUUCCGCAAUACUAUCGGCCUUUACAUCUGCAAUGGAUUCUAAUGGAAGCUCGCCGGUCUCGUCUAGGGCUCCUGCGUUCGGUGCGAAUUCAUCAUAUACACGAUGACGAUGUCUUGGAAUACCAAGGCCUAAAUUAGAAUCCAAAUCAUCAUCUUCGUCUUGAAGAAAGGCUGCGGGUUUUGUUCGUCCAGCUGUAGCCUCUAAUUCCAUGUCGCGACGUCGUAAUUUUGCAUCAAUAAUUCUUCGAUCGCCUAGGUCUAACUCUUCCAGAUCAUUUUCGUCAUCCAAUUCGUCCAAAUCGUAUCGGUCAAGUUCCAAAUUUUGUUGAUAAUCUCUAAACGUUUGUUAAUAUGCUAUUCUCCUUUAUACUGGGCGCACGGGUACGCAGUAAUCAAAAGGCUAUUUCUUUGAUAUCGAAGAAAACUUUUAGGCUUGCAAUAACCUCAAUAAUCGCAAUGUUUUCUUACCUUUCCAUGUCAUCGCCAAACAAAUCCUCACCAUCUUCCUCUUCCAGAUCCAUAUUAUCACUGUUCACGUCUUCAAUUUCAUCUUCUACCAAGGCUUCAGCUGCUUCAUCUGAAAAUUCUGGAGGAGGGGAAGAGGGAGGAAGCGACAAAGGAGUAUUCCCUGUUGAAGAAUGAUCUGAUCCCACAGGAAGACUUUCCGAGUCCCUGCGUCCGCGUUUUCGGAAAGAAUCCAUGGAUGUUAAGAUGUUGUUUCGAAAGAGUACUGUUGUUGGCUUUUCUUUAGACAAACAUUUCGCCUAGGACUAGAGCUUAACGAUAUGCUGCAUAUGAACACUAAACUGCAUUCCAAAAUUUCGCUCCUUUGCUCAAACAAGUUAAUAACGCACUUUCUUAACUUUCUGUAAAUGAAAAGAGACUAACAAAAAUUACCUAUUGUUUACAUAUAAACGUCCGUAGUCAAAGAAGUAUUCUGGAUGGAUUCAAGAUUGGAGGAACUAACAGCGGAACAGUAUGUGGAAAGGCAAAGAGAACUAGAGAUUGAGGCCCGUGAGGCGUAUCCAUACAAAUUUGAUGAAUGUACAUACUCCAAAGGUUACUUGAAGCAAACACUAUACGCUUGUUUAACUUGCCAAAGAAAAGCGGAUAGCCUAAACGGAGUGUGCUACAGUUGCAGUAUCAGCUGCCAUGCUGAUCAUGAAUUAGUAGAAUUGUUUCAUAAACGACAUUUUCAGUGCGACUGUGGUACCUCACGAACGGGCCAUGAGCCUUGUGCGAUUAGAAAGACUAGAGAUGAUCGGGCAUUAGAAAAUCAUUACAAUCAUAACUUUGAGGGGCGAUUUUGUAGCUGCGAUACGUUUUAUGACCCUGAACAAGAAAGUGGGAUUAUGUUCCAAUGCAUACUUUGUGAAGAUUGGUUUCACGAUCGCUGCUUAGAGGCUUCUAAUCAAGGAAAGUCUCUACCUGAUUCAGAAUCAUUUGAAUGGGUGGUCUGUAAAGAUUGCGUGUUGAAAUAUAGAGAUUGCCUUUUGAAUCCCCAACACGAGUUACCUUACAAGAAGGAAGAACUAGUCGCUCCUCAUUUUUUUGAUGAACAAUUUCGAGAACAUCUUUGCCAGUGUAACUCCUGUGUGGAAAUUCGCAAAACUCAAAUGCCUAUUUUAAUAGAGGAUGAACCAGUUUAUGAGCAAGCAGAGGACUCCGAUAUGGAUGAAGAAACAAACUUUGAAGUAGAAGACGCGCGUUCACUUGAUGAUGUUGUGUCCAGCACCAUGCAAGAUGUGCUUCACGUCUUAGACCAACUUCCCCGUGUUCAAGCAAUAGAAGGAGUCCAUGCCUAUAAUCGAUUAAAAAAUGAACUCACAGAGUUUUUGCUUCCGUUUGCUAGGGAAAACAAGGUAGUUACAAAAGAAGACAUCUCCAAUUUCUUCUUGGAAAGGUUAAAUGCUGGAAAGAACGGUGGUUAGAAAGAUAAGAAGCAAAUUUCAUUUUGUAACGAUCAUGAUCUUUGCAUGAGUGCAAGUACACCUCUACAAAGCGUUUAUGAAUACUCAAAACAGGAAUUUUGGACGAAUUAUAAAGAAGGGAUAACUAUAAAUACUUAUUCUAAAGGUUUAUCUUACCCAGGAAAAAUUUAGAAGAUGAGUAUCGUUUCUCAAACCUGUCCUGUUUAGUCGCAAACUGGCUAAUCAAACAAUCAAUUGUUGUUGGUCGAUGAUGGACUAUGGAACAGCGUCCCUGAAUAAUUCCCGUAAUGCUCAAAUGAUUUUCUAAAUAGUAUUACAGAUGAAUAUGGAUGUGUGCCACUGCUGAGAAAAAAGAUAUUUGAAAGAUCCGAAGAACUUGCUCUCUUAAUUUGAGACAGAGGUUUGUAAACGUACCUUCUAAAGUAAUAGUUGGCUUUCGUUCUUAGUAUCAAAUCCUACACUGUACUAUAUGAAGAUUUGCUCAUUCAUUGAAAUUUUCAGAUGUGUCUUAAUAUUGAAUAAAAAAUUUUCUAUAAUUUUCAAUUUUCUACACAAAUGAAUCGAUAUUGAAAUAAGCUCUUCCAAUUUCAUUCAUCACUGUUGUUUACUGUUUUGUUCUUCAUCUGUGGUACUUUAUAUGGGCCCCCACCUAGCUGGAACUUGAGCAAGUGAAAACCAACUUUUCACUAAC